CUUGGAAUGACAAGUUUAUUAAUUAUUUUUGGCAUUUCAUUUUAUUAGAAAUAAAAAAAUUAAAAAAUGAACCGUCUAUUUGGUAAAGGCAAACCAAAAGAGCCAGGACCGAGUAUUAAUGACGUUAUAACAGGGGUGGAUCAAAGAGCAGAAAACGUAGAGAAAAAAAUCAACGCCCUAGAAAAUGAUUUACGCAAAUUCAGAGAUCAAAUGUCCAAAAUGCGAGAGGGACCCGCCAAAAAUGCCGUCAAACAAAAGGCUCUUAGGAUUCUAAAACAGAAAAAAAUGUAUGAAGGCCAACUGGAUAACCUAAGAGGCCAAUCGUUCAACAUGGAACAAGCCAAUUUCGCCCAUCAAACAUUGAAAGACACCCAAAUAACUGUGUCUGCGAUGAGAGAUGGUAUGAACCAGAUGAAAAAGGAGUUCAAAAAAAUAAACGUUGACGAUAUUGAUGAAGUACAAGACGAAUUGGCUGAUAUGCUAGAACAAGCAGAUGAAGUGCAAGACGCUUUAGGAAGGAGCUAUAAUACAGCGGAAGUUGAUGAAGAUGAAUUGGCAGCAGAAUUAGAUGCCUUAGGUGAUGAAAUGGCCAUGGAUGCUGAUCAGAGCUACUUAGAUGAUGUUCUUAAGGCUCCAGAAGCUCCGUCUACGAAACCAGAAAGCCUACCAUCUGGAAUGUUGCCUGAUAAAAAUACCAAGGAUACAGUGCCUGUUGAUGAAUUUGGAUUGCCCCAGCUAAAAUAAUAGCACAAAAAGUGAUAACAGAGA